CUCAACUUGCAAAAAGCCUACCUGGCCAUAACCUAACAGCAGUUCCACACAUUGAGUCUAGAGUGAGGCACUUUAGGACCAAGUUCGGUGCAAUUGAAGUAAUGCUGGCAAGGAGUGGUUUUACCUGGGAUGAUCAGAGGAAGAUGGUGCAAUGUGAGAAGCAACAAUAUGAUGAUCAUUGUAAGACUUUCACUGAAGCUAAAGGAUUGUAUGGUGUUUCAUUUCCAUACUAUGACACGCUAUCUGCCAUAUACAGUAAAGACAUUGCAACUGGAGAAAAUGUGGAAGGCUUUUGAUGAAGCAAUAGCUAACUUGGAACAGGAAAUCCCUAUUGAGAUUGAUGAAGAUGAUGAAGGAUCUAGGGCAACAGGAAAAAGGCCCAUGGCCAGCCAAUCAGGUGCAACUUCCGGUUACAAGAAGGCAAGGAGAGAGAGAGCGCAGACUAGGGUGAAUCAAGAUCCUAUGAUGGCAUUGUUUGGCGAGGUGCAUGGUGAAUUGAAGAGUGUCUCUGUCCAUGUCGGAACUAUGGCACACGCUGCCAUUCGUGAGCUAGAAAUGCAGGAGAAAGCUAGUUCUGAAGACCCCAAGGAGAAGCUCAACAAGAUGGCACUUGAAGAAUUAAAACGUCUGGGUUUCAGAGGUUCUGAAAUAGUUCGCUCUUCAAGAAUCUUUGUGAAAGAACCUGAUGAAAUUCAUAUGAUGAUGGCAAUGCCAGAAAAUCUGAGGAGAGAAUUUGUUUUAGCAAUGCUCAAAGGGAAGUAAGAGAGAAGUUUGAAGAACACUACAUCAUUAGCUUUAUUUGCUUCCUUGAUCAGCUUGCUUGCAAUUGGUGGCUUGGCACGAAUGUGGAUGGUUAAUUUGGUCAUGGACUUGAGUCAAGUGUGGAAGUGUGCUGUUUGAGUGAAGUUGUUUUGAUCCUAAAAAUUGUGUCUUUUGUUUGAUAUGUUGAAUUGUUAGAAGGAUAUACUAGAUAAAUGAGUUUUGUCAGAUUUGAUACUCCUAAAGAUGUUGUUUUGGCACUGCUUGGAUGACAGUUGGGCUGUCGUUGUUGUAAGUUUGGCCGUUGUGGCUGCUUGAAUUGUUAGAA